AUGUCUCUCGUCGACGACAACGAAGCAAAUUGCAGAGGAAGAAAGAGAAGAGACAAAGUCAGAAAGAGAGCGCCAUUUCCUGCAAAGAAACUAGAAGCAAAAGGUGGAGAUCACGGUGCUGCGUGGGAUGAUAUUUUCUAUGAAGAUGUGAGGAAGAUUUAUGUAGGACAAGGUGACUCUGGUGUUUCCUUUAUCAAAUUUGAGUACAACAUUGGCAAGAAGCUUAUAGCUGGAGAUGGUCAUGGAAAGAUGUCACUUCUUGGAACAGAGGAGUUUGAGCCCAAUUUUCCAAAUGAAUACAUCAUUUCAGUGGAGGGAUGUUACGGUAACGUCUUUGGAUUUGAAGCUGAAGUUGUGACGAUGGUGAAGUCCAAAACAAACAAACGUACAUCUCCACCGUUUGGGAUGGAUGGAGGUACACCGUUUGUGUUUGAGAUGAAGGAUCAUAAAAUUGGUCAUGGAAAAGCUGGAGAUUAUGUUCAUCAAGUUGGUGUCCAUGUCUCGCCAAUCUCCAAGUCUUAA